CGAACCGGAAAUUUUCCCGCACUUUUACAGGAUGUAAAAAAAAAAAUAAAGGAAGAAAAAAAAGGAAAGAAAAAGAGGUUGUAUAUGUUUUAUUUUUGUUCCGUGUGGCGAUAAGACCCGCAGAAGGGAAUGGACUCAGAGGGGCCGACGCUGUUUGCAGACGGUCCAUCGGUAGAUAUGACCCGGAGCACUGAGGAAGACUCUUUGGUAGAUGGACCGCUGAUCUCAUCUGACGCCCUCCAUUCAGUUAUCAGGAGAGAGUUUCAGACUGUACCAACAUCCUACCAAGCUGGCCUCCUGUCUCUUCUGCAUAUUCUCUAUGUCGUGCUGUCUAUUUGUGUGGCUGUGCUGUGUGUGCUGAAGCUCGGCCAGGAGGAGGUAUGCAUGAAGGUUUUGGGUAACGUGGAUGGCAGCAGUGCCAUCGUCUUUGGGAAAGUGUGUUUGUGGGUGCUGGUGCUAUUGUUCACUGGCUGCGUGCAGCACCACCACAAUCAAGUCCGGAGCCGAGGAUAUCUGCAAUUUUACAGACAGACACAGAGAUUGAAACAGCUGCCGCUCACCAUACACUCUGCAGGAAAUGUCUUUCUGCUGGUUCUUAUGGGCACAAGAUUACCACAGACUGUACACACCUAUAUGCUGCUCAGUGUUCUGGGGUUGGAGCUCUUGGUAGCUGUGCCAUGUCUGUUGUUUUACACAGUCAAGGUAAUGCAGUUCAACAGCCAACGGGCCGCACCAGACGUGAGCCAAGAAGAACUUUCACACAACUACAGUGUGACAAGCCUACCAACUGAAACUGGAUUUAGAGGGGGAUCUAGUCUGGAAGAAGUGGUGGAGAAGCAGGCUGACCUGAUAGAGUACCUAAAACAGCACAACACAUUACUGAGUAAGAGGCUGCUCAACCUCACUGCUCAGCAUUAAUCACAGCACGUCCUCCGUCUCCCCACCAACCCGAUGACACUUUAGAGAAAGAGCCUCAUCGGUUUACCGCUCUCGCUAAACAUCUGUGAGUUUAAGGGAGGACUGAUGCUGCAUGACACACUGGAUGAAAGACUAAAGUAAGCAGAUGCACCUGUACACACAGACUGAGCCGGCUCCUCUUUGAGGCACCCUCACCUCAGAUGAACAGAUAACACAAGAGUGAUCUGAAAGUGGAGAACAUGGGAGAGAACUGGAAGUAGAGGGGAGGAGUCGUGGGUCACAGAUCAGAGGUGAGGGUUUUUAUCACUGUGUUAUGACCUCCGGUGACCCAUGUGCGCUGCCGCUUUUGUUGAUUUGAAAGAAACCGAGGUAAGAUUGACUGCACGGAGGAAAGUGAGGUUAUCACUUAUCCUGGGUCAGAUGAGUGGGGUUAAAUCCUGCUGUUUUAUCUGUCUGUAUGUUAUUUUCUCAAAGUUUGUUUUUUUUUCCUUCUUUUUUGACCUGUUCUAUCAUGGGUUUUGUGUAUUUGUGAUUAGGUCCGAAUAAAAUCAUUGAAAUUGUUA